GAAAAACAACGACCUAUUUCAUACUUCCUGUUUAAUAUUUAUCGACUUUGAAGACCACUUUUCUAUUAAACAUCCAAGGUCAUGGCUACUUUGUUUGAAAAUUGUUGUAUUUGUUAUUUACGUCACGUUUCUAAGCUGUCAGUUGUUUGGUGCUCAGAUUGCGAUGAAGGACUAUGCCUGGACUGUAAGGAACAUCACGGCUUGUCAAAGGCCACACGAAACCACACCACAGUUCUUAUCGCGGAAUACCACAUGUUGCCAUCUUUUAUUGCAAACAUUAAACUGAACUGUGAUGGACACGACGAAAAGUACCAAUUGUUUUGCAAUGUGCAUAAUGAACUGUUGUGUAGAAAAUGUGUCAUUUCUGCAAACCACAGGGAAUGCAAAGAAAUAUUACUCGUUGAAGAUGUUGUGCAAAAUGCUAAAACAUCAGUAGCCUUUACGGAGAUCACAUCCUCACUCGUGGAACUGAAGGAAAACCUCAGUCGUAUUCUGGCUGACAGACAAAAGAAUGUAUCUUCGCUAUCAGCUUCAAAAAAGAAAUUCGAAUCCGAGAUAUCAGCAAUCCGACAAACGAUAAAUUAUAACCUAGAUAAAAUGCAAGACAAUUUUGUCGCUGAACUCAACAAAUCUGUAGAAAAUUCAACCAAACAAAUACAGAGUUUCAUUGCAUCUCUGAAAAAAACUCAAAGUUUAGUCGAAGAGUGGAUAGAAAAUGUAGAAAGCAUAAAGGAACACGCAACAGAUAUGCAAACAUUUUUAGGGAUCACUCAGUUAGAAACCAAACUGAAUAAAACAGAAAAUGACAUACAGUCUUGGAUUGAAGAUCAACAAUUGGCUCACGUCGAAGUUAUUUGCCAAUUUAACGACUUAUUACAAAAUAUCAGUAAAGAAACACCUACGUUUGGAAAAGUUGGCAUCAAUGCCCUACCAUGUAAACUCCUAUUAAAAAGAAGGAAAGAGAGCCAAGCUCAGUUGAUUAGUGUAAACGUGAAUCCUACAAUGUCUGUUGACAAUAUAACACUGAAGUUAAAAACAAAAAUAAAUACAACAGCUUUAAAUGUGUCAGGUUGCUGUAUUUUACCUUGUGGCAAACUUGUGGUAUCAAACUUUAAUCCUUCUUUUUUGAUACUUUUUUCACCUGGUGGAAAAUUUGAAAAGAAAAUUACCAACAUGAUGCCAAAUAUUCAUGAUGUUACAUGUGUCGACAAUGAAACUGUUGCCGUAAUAUCAUCCACGAAAAGGAAUAUUGAACUAGUUAGUCUUAAAUUAGGGAAAACAUUCAGAAGUAUCUCCACGACUCACCCUUCCUAUGGCGUAACUUACUCUGAAGGCAAUUUUAUAGUUUCUCUCGAAAACAAAUUACAGGAGAUCAGGUUAAAAAAUAACGAGAAAAAUUACAUACGCAGUGGGGAAGUCUCAACAUUUUUUGCUUCAUUAGGCAAUACACUUUAUUCUGUAAACGGAUAUACCAAUACGAUCGUCUGUCAUAAUAGAAACGGGGAUAUAUUAUGGACAUUUACAGACGAAAUGGUUCUCACGGGACCUAGAGGUAUCACAGUUGAUGAACACGGGAAUUCUUUUGUUGCAGGGCUCGAUUCAAAAAAUGUCAUUGCAAUAGACUCUGGUGGCAAACAGUACAAAACACUCCUGUCAGAGACAGACUUAAUUGGUUCUCCAUGGGCUCUUUGCUAUAACAGCAAAUUCAAAUCUUUGUUUGUUGUGAACGAAAAAGAUGGUCAGGCGUUUUUAUACACUGUUAAUUACGCGUUCUAAGCUAUAUAUAUAUAUAUAUAUAUAUAUAUGUGUAUGUAUAUAAAACUAGAGGCUCUCACGAAUCUGUGUCGCUCACCUGUAUCUACUGUGGUUUUGGAAAUCAUGUAAAAUAAGGUUAAAAUCAUAUAGAUACCCUAAUAAUGAUUGAGGCCAAGUUUGGUUUAAUUUAGCCCAGUAGUUAAAUUAAAAGCAGAAGAUUUUCGAAAAGAUUUACAAAAAUUACCAAUAAAUUGCAGAAAAUAACUUUAAAAGACAAUAACUCCAAUAAGAUGUCAAUUACCAAUUGGUCAUGUUAACUUAUUUGUAGAUCUUUCUUUGCUUGAUAUUUUGGCUGUUUACAAUAUAUCUCAAUCUGUAAUGAUAUUCAAGAUAAUCAACAAAAAAUAAAAAAUUUCCUUUCCUCCACUCCAAAAUUUAUUUCACCCAGGGACGGUGUAAUGGUGAAAAUGCCUUUAAAUGUUUUUAUGGAACACUCUUCAAUAAAAUAAAUUGGGGCAGGGGUUCCAGUGACCCCGAAUAACCCGCCGGGUCUGGAGGGCAUUCACCCAAUAUAAGUAUGCUGAAAGAAAAGAUAUAAUAAUGCUUCAUAGAAAAAGUAACACUGAAUAAUUCUAAACAUGGAACAUAUCAAGGAGAAAUUAUUAGUUUCCCCCCCCCCCCCCUGAAAAAUUGCACGCCCUGGAAAAAAAUCAAGUCAUCCAAUUGCAGCCUUACAAUAGUUACUGAAGACCCCUUAUCAUUAUUUAAAUUAGUUUUCAAGUUGUGACCUUUUGAAAUUGGUUUUUUUUUUACCUUUUUCCCCAUAGACUUCUAGAGUAAACCCCUAUAUGUUUUAUUUUUACCAAUGGGGACCAUGUUGGUUGUACGGCAGGGUCAUCGGAUACAUUUUUCAAUCAAGAUACUCUAAUAAUAAUUGUGGCUAAGUUUAAUUUCAUUUGGCCAAGUAGAUAAAGAGAAGAUUUUUGUAAAAGAUUAAAAAAAAAUUACGAAAAAGAGAAACAUUGACUUUAAAGGGCAAUAACUCCUUAAGGGGGCAAUUGACAAUUUUGGUUAUGUUGACCUGUUGAACAUUUUAACCCCGUUAGAUUUGCUCUAAAUGCUUUAGUUUCAGAGAUAUAAGCCAAAAACUGCAUUUUACCUCAAUGUUCAAUUUUUAGCCAUGGCGGCCACCUUGGUAGGUGGGCGCGGUCAUCGGAUACAUUUUUUUAAACUAGAUACCCUAAGGAUGAUUUAGGCCAAGAAUGGUUUAACUUGGCCCAGUAAUAUCAAGAGAAGAUUUUUGUAAAAGAUUACAAAAAUUUACGAAAAGGGCAAUAACUACUUAAUGGGUCAUUUGACAAGUUUGGUCAAAUUGACUUAUUUGUAGAUCUUACUUUGCUGAAUAUAUUUCCUGUUUACAGUUUAUCUCUAUCUUUUAUAAUAUUCAAGACAAUAACCAAUAAAAUGCUUCG